AUGCAUUCGCAGACUACAAAACGCCGUGACUUCCUCAGGCCGCGGCCACGGAGGUAUGAUGGUUCAGGACCGGAGCGCCAACGCCUCGUUGUGGAACGCUAUACCUCGCCCGAUCCGCAGAGAGACCCUUACCUCGUUGCGCUCGUCAUUGCGAUAGCUCGGCGGCAGCGGCGGGAGGCGUCAGGUGCCCCACCUCCGGCCACUUUCACAGUACACCUCUUCCCCACCUACGGGAAGCGUCCGAUGCCACUUAAUCUAUACGUUGCCCACGUGAAAGCUUCCUUUCUCGACAAGCUGGACUUCCCGAGUCAGGAAUCACAACCAGACUCGGAGCUGGACAUCUAUCAUUGGGCUUAUCCCAGCCAAGCCGUAUCAGUCCCUGGCACGGCGACUCAUCUGGGCAGUCACCACAGAUUGCUGUGGGAAGGCGCAUGA